AUGCUUGAGACUCAGAUCUUGCAAAUAUCCCAGACACCAGCCGCACAAGCUACACCUGGAGGACAAUUCCCUGGACAAACUCAACCUAAUCCUAAACGGCAAGCAAACUCCAUUACCUUAAGAAGCGGAACCGCUUAUGAUGGACCUAGAAACCCAACAAUGAGCGCACCCGAAAAACCUGAGGAAAAUGUAUUACCCACGGACCAAGUAGAGAAGCCAGAGGAAACUAUAAAAAAACCAAACCAAGGAGUAAACACAAAAGACAAAAGUUACACACCUCCACCACCAUAUAAACCACCUAUUCCAUAUCCGCAGAGACUUAAGAAAACUAAGAUGGAAAGUAAAUACCAAAAAUUUAUCAAGGUGAUAGAAAAACUUCACGUAGAAAUCCCUUUUACAAAAGCAAUCACCGAAAUACCAUCAUAUGCUAAAUUCCUAAAAGACAUCUUGACUAACAAACGCAUGCUCGACGAUCCUAAACCCUUAGAAUGCCAUUCCAUCUCCGAGAAAAAACUUGCCAAGAAAGACAAAGACCCUGGAAGUUUUUCCAUUCCCUGCAUCCUAGGAAAUCAUAUGAUCGAUAAAGCUUUCUUAGACCUAGGAGCAAGCGUGAGAUUAAUGCCUUUGGCAGUUUGUAAGAGGUUAAACUUAGGAGAACUUCAACCGACCAAAUUUUUUUUACAAUUAGCUGAUAGAUCCGUCAAAUACCCUAUAGGCAUAUUAUAA